GUCAAAGGAGAAGAGUGGGUGCUUGGAUUUGGUUACACUUCAGCUCUUCCAAAGUGUCCAGCAGACGUGAACCACAGCAUCACAAGAAAGUGAUGCUCUCCUGUGUUCAGGCAAGGAAGCACAAAGAUGUUGCUAUGAGGAAAGGAGUCAGCAAUGACUGAUGUGGAGCCCCUGGUCACAGAUUUUGCAGCAUCAGGAAGGUCGGGCCGCCGGAACGCCUUGCCAGAUAUCCUGGGCUCUCCUGCUGGUGCUGGGACUUCAGACCUGCCACACAAACUGGCCGAGCUCUCCGUUUCAGAAGAUGAAGGAGCAGAAGGUGGAGAAAUGCCAUCAUCCAAAGCGUUGCUGGAAAGUCAAGAGGCAGAGGGAAAGAGCAGUGAUUCCUAACACUUAAGGACUGCUGGAUUAGCGAAACCCAUCGACAGACUUUCCAGAGUUUCCCUGUGUCGUUACCUGUUCUGAAGUGUGGUAGCUACUGCAGCAGCACAGACAAGACUUCAAGACUUUUGCAACAUCCUUGUAUCUAGGUGGCAUUAAGAUGGAACUACUUUUUUUUUUUUUUUUCUACUGUAGUCCAUCAGAAACAAUGUUCUACACAUCCCGACGGGAAGAGAACUAAAGAAUGUAUCUGGUGUUCUGAGUUCUGUAAUGGUUAUUGUAUUCAUCCUAACUAAUCUUCUUUGACAGUUUCAAUGAAUAUAAAUAGCAGAUGUACCAAGUAAUGAUUGCUUUAAAAUAAAAGACCUAUUUCUUAAUUUUCCAAAACAGCUUCUUUCUCUCUAACACAAAGGUGUAUUUACUCUCCCCACCUUAAGAAGAUAAUAAGUAUGUAUUAGAUUACAGACCUAAUCUGCAGUUCAUCUCCAGAGAUUUUUGUUCUCAUUAGGGAUAUGUAGAUGAAUGUGAAAAUUAGGAAAAAAAAAAAAAAGGAAACAAAAAAAUACAUAUUUUUCUCUCUUCCUCCUGACUUCAAAGAAUUUUGUAUACCACUUAAACCACCAGUGUCUGUUUUUAAACUCUCUUUAAACUCUAUUUGAUUAUGGCAGAUCAUUUCACAUAUCUCAUUCCCAGCAGUCUUGCUACUUCUGUCAUUUCUGUUUUCAGGCUUAAUAUUGUAGCUAUUCAUGUGUAUCUGAAAUAAAAUAGCCAUGUUUGUAAGUGAUUAAAACUGUUUGAUCUUACAAUGGAAAUUAAAUAGCUAUUAUGUUUUCCGUCU